AUGAGUCAGCGGAGGGUGCAGGACGUCAUCAGUCCCAUCGUGUUCGAAGCCGCCUACAGCCUGGGGGAGCAUGUGACAGGACAGGAGGAGAGGGAGCUGCCGGCUCUGACACCUGUGCUCCGCUGGAAAAAGGGACAAAAGAUCGCCCAGAAGAAUCAGACUGUUUUUGAAAGGAAUUGCCAUUCUGAGGACUGUGCUGCUGACCUGCAGCUUCAGGGUCAACUGCUGCUAUCCAGCAUUGAUGAGAAAACCCCCUAUCUGGCUUUGGGGGCUGUGAAGAACAUCUCCCUAAACAUCUCCAUCGCCAACCUCGGUGACGAUGCCUAUGAUGCCAACGUGUCCUUCAACGUUUCCCGGGAGCUCUUCUUUAUCAACAUGUGGCAGAAGGAGGAAAUGGGCAUUUCCUGUGAACUGCUGGAAUCGGACUUCCUCAAGUGCAGCGUGGGAUUUCCUUUCAUGAGGUCCAAGUCGAAGUAUGAAUUCAGUGUGAUCUUUGAUACAAGCCAUCUGUCUGGGGAAGAGGAAGUUCUCAGCUUCAUCAUUACUGCUCAGAGCGGCAACACGGAGCGCUCCGAGUCCCUGCACGACAACUCCCUCACACUGACGGUGCCGCUGGUGCACGAGGUGGACACGUCCAUCACUGGAAUCGUGUCCCCAACCUCCUUUGUGUAUGGCGAGUCUGUGGACGCAGCCAACUUCGUUCAGCUGGAUGAUCUGCAGUGUCAUUUCCAGCCCCUCAACAUCACCCUUCAGGUCUACAACACUGGGCCAAGCACCCUUCCUGGGUCAUCUGUCAGCAUCUCCUUCCCCAAUCGACUGUCACCUGGCGGUGCAGAGAUGUUUCACAUACAGGAGAUGGUGGUGGGCCAAGAGAAGGGAAACUGUUCUUUCCAGAAAAACCCCACUCCCUGCAUCAUCCCUCAAGAACAAGAAAAUAUCUUCCACACUAUAUUUGCUUUUUUCACAAAGUCUGGAAGGAAAGUCCUGGACUGUGAAAAACCAGGAAUUCCUUGCCUAACAAUGCACUGUAACCUGAGUGCACUUGCUAAAGAAGAAAGUCGUACUAUAGACAUUUACAUGCUGCUGAACACAGAAAUAUUGAAGAAGGACAGUUCAUCUGUCAUCCAGUUCAUGACCCGCGCCAAGGUGAAAGUGGACCCUGCCCUGAGGGUGGUGGAGAUCGCCAGUGGGAACCCAGAGGAGAUGAUGGUGGUGUUCGAGGCCCUGCACAGCCUGGAGCCCCGGGGCUACGUCGUGGGCUGGAUCAUCGCCAUCAGCCUGCUGGUGGGGAUCCUCAUCUUCCUCCUGCUGGCUGUGCUGCUCUGGAAGAUGGGCUUCUUCCGCCGGAGGUACAAAGAAAUCAUUGAAGCCGAGAAGAGCCGGAAAGAGAACGAAGACAGUUGGGACUGGGUCCAGAAAAACCAGUGACCUGCCCCCCCAGUCGCCUGACCCACUCAUUUCGCCUGUUGUCCUUGACCUUGUAUCUUCCAUAUUUGGAAGAAAGAAUGUUCUCCAGAUUUUUCGGAGGCCCCACUGAUGCUGUUCUCGUCUUCAUUCUGUGCAGCCCAGGUGCCAACCUGGGGCAGCCACUCCGGCCAGGUCACAUGACUGGAGGCCACCACUGCCCUUUAAAGAUGAACUCUGAACUUUGGAAAGCAAGCUACAGAGCCGAGCAAUAUUUAUGGAUGCAACGUGCGCGGUCAACCCUCAGGGGAAAACUGUUACCUAAAAGUAUUUUUAUAAAUAUAAGCCUUUUAUACUGAUCAUGUCUUUAUAUUUGUAUCGAUGUUUUAUUAUUUCUAUUAAAUAGUUAUAUAAUUCACUCAAGCACUGAUAUCUGGCCCGGAAACACACGUGCAUUCAUACAAAUUUUAAAGGAUACAGAUCUUGCUGUUCUUUGAAACUUGCUGUUAAAAAAGACUUGCAGAUCAAAUAAUCGGAAGAAACCUCGUGUCAUGAAUCCACCGAGCCUGCAGUGCCGCCUAUAAACUGUGGCUGCAGUAGGACCCCCAAGACGUUGCACAACUCUAUUGCCUGGAGUCAAGUUUGGAGUUAAUAUGCUAAAGAACUAUAAGUGCUUUUUCAUAUGUACCUUUCAUCGGAAGACCCCCAACAGGAACUUGGAUGGAAAACCUGAUUCCUAGCAACAGGUCUGCUCUGCAUCACCUCUAUAGAGCAGACAUCUCACCCUCCUUCCAAUUGGAUUAAUAGAAGAAUUGGAGCAACGCCAGUCUGUCAUCUGGUAAACCUCAGACUGGCAUCUCAUCCUGGUGUGUGGAGUCUACACACCACAAGGACUAAAUCAGUGCCCACCGAGCAGAGACUUGUGUCUGGACGCUGUGAUGUGUUGCAUUUAUGCGGUCCUUUGAGUUCAGAGGUCUCUGUUUCCCCAUCACGUUUGUUGUCCCAGUGAAUGGUGAUUGCAGAUUCCUUCCAAGAGAUGAUCAUUCAGCCUGUUA